GUUUCCGUCAGUGAAUCGCGCAAAGAAUGCUCCCAAGCCGCUUGCUGACCCAGCGACGCCAGCGAUGGCAUCUCUCCACACACAACGGGCGCUAUCCUCGCUCCGUUCGCCGCACCACCCACCAGCAGCGCGCUCUUCGUCCUCCUCUUCCCCCAGAACCCUCAACGGAAUCCACCAGCGCUCUCCUGGCCCUCCUGGUGACUAUAGGCGGUAUCCAAGUGUGCUCGAGCCCCAUGGCGAGCUCGUUCGAGAGCGCUGCCUUCAUUACCAGAAAUUUUGAGACCUCGCGCAGCCAAGUGCAGCACGGUCGAGCUUACACUCUCAUCACGUCGACACUAUACACGCCUACAGCAAAUUUCGCUCUGUUAAACGUUCUGUGGCUCGUCAUCUCGGGUCGUCACGUAUGUCGAACACUGGGUAAUGCACCGUUCAUUGCUCUAUAUGCUGGCAGUGGAACACUCGCCAAUACGGUGUCGUUGGCAAUUGGGAGAGAGGUGACCGACGACCCGGUAUUUCCGAGGUUGCAACUGCCCGGGGGCGCAUCUUGUGCGGUGGACGCCGUUGUGACCCUGAAUGCACUGCUGUACCCGCCAUCAAGGGUGGCGCUGACGAGAAGAUGGAUGAGAUGGCCACUGUGGCUUUUCAGCGCCAUAUUUUUGACGCGGGAUGAGCGUGAACGUCCAUUUUGGCAGCCCAACAGUGCACCGCGUGAAAGUCAUUUUACGGGAGUGCUGUGUGGAUUGGCAACGUUUUUGGCAUUGAGACGACCGUCGCGUUAUAGAGUUAUUUGAGCGAGGGCUGGAGAAGAAUACUUUACUGUAAUGUGGUGAUUGAGUGUGGGAAAUAAGAAAUUCAAGGAGUUCCGUGGCUGUCGUAUGCAAAUUUAUGAAAGCACUUUCGAAGUCUUGAGAUCGUGAUGCCAAGAGGUGAUUGCACUUUUAUUCUGGGGGAAUAUAAGGGUAUACCGCCAGUCCUGUAAUGAAAAGCAAACCGAUGUGGCCAGAUUUCUUAUCAUCUUUAGGCAUUAUCCAGAAUUUGUACUAGCCUCGUCACCAAAAACUCGAAGCAGUCACCCGCUCGCUUCUUCUGAAGCUUGUUUCGAGGUGGUGCCGCUUGCAGCGAAAUACUGUCUUGCUUCUUCGAUAGCUGGAAGUAUAGCCCACGAAACUUUACCGUGCCACUUGUUUCCUUUAUACUGACAUUAUCAAUUCGAACGUUUUCGCGUGGACACGCUUCUAGCGUGACU